AUGGAAUUAAUAGCCUUCGCUUUGUUCUAUAAAGACUAAUUAUAUGUUCAACUUAUGUCCUACAGACUUUGAAAAUUGUAUUUACUAUUGUGAUAAAUUGAUAAUACAUAUUAUUUUGGUAAUGACAUGAUUUAUGUAAAUGUCAUUACUUAUGAUAAAAAGCUGAUAAGUUUCUUUCGCUUGUUCUUCUUGUCAGCUAAAAGACGUCCUGAACAAGUGGUAGGGGAAAAAAGUCUUUUUUGGACGAUUCAAAAGUGCUUGUAACAGCCUACUUGAAUAAAGAUAUUUUCAUUUCAUUUCAUUUUAUUUCAUUUCAAUAGGCUCCGCAACUACUCGGCCUAUUUUAAAAAUUCUUUCACCUUCCGAAAUUAUAUAUAAUUUAGGGGGGCGAAGUCCCGGGAAAACAGCUAGUUUACUAUAAAACAUCACACAUAUUACUAAUGAAAAUCUGAUACAACGAAAACAUCGAAAACGAGAUAAAUUCAUGAGUUCCAAAAAGGUUCCAAACCAAAAUAUUUACGGAACCCGAUAAUAUAAAAGAAGUAGACCAAAAUGAUAAAAUUGAAAUGUAUAAACAUGUUGUCAACAUUUCCAUUACUCAUAUAAACAUAAAUUACUAAGAAAGGUGCCAAUGGCAAUAAUUAACGAUGUCAUUAUAAUUGCACAAUUAUUAAUGUGUUUAUUUAUCUAAUUAGAUACUACAUAAGGUAGUCAUUAACUUACAUUAUCAAGGAAACUCAUUGUAUCAUCUCAAUUAACACUACUUGAUAUGACUACUUAUAUUUAUUUAAAAACAAUAAUAAUAAACUAUCUUUCUAUUAAAAUUUCUAUUGCAUCUACACACAAUGUAUCUUAAAUGAAAAAAGGUCAUAAAUUUUAAGUAUAAAAAUCCAUAGACUUCUUAUAGGUUUACUGUUAAUAAUCUAUAAAUCUUCUUUAGAUAAUGAAUAAAUAAUGUUUCUUAAAUAACAAUUAAAAUAUUAUUUAAAAAAUAGCCGAUAAAUAUGUUAUAGCAUCACAAUAAGCUCUUUCAUUUGAAAGAUCACAUAAAAAAGUUUGUGAACUAUUAUUAUGAUUUGUAUUUUACUAUCUAAAAGAGACCACCGUCUAUGAAAUUCAUUUAUACAUUAUACGAACAUGUUUCUAAUAUGUAUCGCCAGAAAACCGAGUGAUCCUAUAAGAGUUCUGUUUUUAGUGCGGAACCAUAUAUUAUUGCAUGGCAUGUAUGUACAAAGAGAGACUGAUUUGUCUUAUUCAAUAUUGUUGCAUAUUUUUUUAUCUUGUUCCAACCUUUUCAGUUAGUUGAUUAUAAUUAUAAUUUUUAAUAUUAUUAUUCUUACUAUAUUAAACAUUGUAUAUUAACAUUGUAAUUUGUAGAACUAGGAACAAUUGGCGUAUCAAAGAGAAUUUAAAGAACUAGCUUUUUAGAAUAAGAAAAGAGUAUGGCAAUUUGUGUCAAAACUUAAUUCCUAUGAUAUGUCAUAACAAUCCCCUAACCUUUUACGAUAAUUUAAGUAGCCUAAAAAUUUUACUAUUAAAUUACUUAUUAUUACCAGUAUAAAGAAAUUUUAUAUGAUUAUUAUUAUUUAUAAUCACUAAAGUGUGCCCCUCAAAUAUAAUAUGAUCAAAUGAGAAAACGCGACCAUGUAGAUUUUUAAAUGACAAAAUAAUAGACUAAGUAGCAAGUGAUUGUAUAUCAUUCGGUCAUACAAAACAAAAUUUAUGUGAUGAAGUAUUAUAAAAUUCCAUAAAAAUAUGAAUUUCUUAGGGAGACGGUCCCGCAAAACCUCUGUCAACAUAGCUAAAAGUCCACUGAAAUGGCAACAGAACAGAAAGUCAUCACGAAGGGAAUUCUAUGAGAAGGAAGAUUCAGAUGAUGACGACCCACAUUAUAAAGAGAUCAAGGACUGGGUCGAUGAAUUCUUUGAACGAAAAAGUGAAAGCGCCGAAAUCGACCCUGAAGAUAUGGAGGUUAUACUAACAAGAAAACAGACCCUUAUACUUUCCACUUUGGUUCCAGACGAAUUAUUAUUAAUGGAAAAGUUUGACACUAUGGAACCGAAACGGUUUGUCGGUGUACUAUUAAUGGCUGAUGUUUCCGGAUAUACUGCUUUAUCAGAACGAUAUAAUAAUGCUGGAAAGGGAGGGACGUACCGUUUAACAGUGACUCUUAAUACUUACCUCGGAUCGCUAAUAGAACUCAUUUACAGCCACGGAGGAGACAUCCUCAAAUUUGCUGGAGACGCUUUUCUAGCUCUUUGGAAAACAGACAAAAGAACAUUCUUGUGUCAUACCAUUCAUACAGUCAUCACCUGUGCUCUUAUAAUACAACACUCAUAUGCCUCAUACGAAACGGACGUCAAAGUUAAUUUAAAAGUAAAACUUGCCAUAUCAGCAGGUAAUUUAAUAUUUGCUCCAAUCGGUACUGGUAUUGAUAUGAAUUAUAUAAUUUUUGGCUUACCCGUUCUUGAAGCAAAGGCAGCUGAAAGUGUAUGUGAUUCUGGUGAAGUUAAACUUGCUGCAACAGCUUGGGGUCACUGCUACUCGAGAAAUUAUGAUCAUAUCGUACACGAAGAUGGACAUGUAACAAUUAAAGCUAUAUUGUAUGACCCACGGGAAAAGGACGUUACAAAACCAUUUAUGGGAUUUGGACCAUUGAUGAACCAACUAAAAAGAUUCAACGCUGAAAAUUAUCCAGAUUAUAUAUGGGAUUCACCCGACAACUUAAAUCCUGCAGACGUUAUACACAGAAAUGAAAUACUAAGUCAUAGAAAAGCAAUUCUGCACGCUGAAGAAAAUAAUAUUGGUUCUGAAAUUAGAAAAUUUAUAAUACGACCAGUACUUACCCAAGUUGAUGCGCACCAACCCUUAGAAUAUCUAACUGAAAUGAGACAAGUAUCUGUACUGUUUGUAACUCUUAAACCUAGAGAUUGUCCGUCGCUACAAUUAGUAACAAUAAUAAACAAUUCUUAUGAAAUAACAUGUGAAAUAGUGUAUAAAUCUAUGGGAUGUGUUAAUAAGAUCAUUCUUUUUGACAAAGAUGUAAUGAUAUUGGUUAUAUUUGGGUUAAGGGGGUUUAAACACGAGUCAGAAGCACAUGCAGCUCUCAAAUGCGCGUACAGUGUAAAGAAAUCAGUAUCUGCUCUUGACGGUGUUGUAGAAGUAUCAAUCGGAGUGACAACAGGGCAAGUGUACUGUGGUGUCGUCGGACAUCCUUUAAGAAGAGAAUUUACAGUUAUAGGAGCUGUUGUCAAUAAAGCUGCUAGACUCAUGUGUGGCUUUCGCAACAAAAUAACAUGUGAUGAAGCUACAUUUAUCAAAAGUAAAAUGUCCAGUAAUGGAUUCACAUUACAACCUCAAAUUGAAUUGAAAGGUAUUAUACAACCUGGCAAGAUAUACGAAUAUUCUGAGGAGAUACGAGUUAAAGCAUUAUUUGAUAUACCAAUGACUCCGCCAUUAUUAAAUCGUUAUGACGAAUUGGAAUAUUUUGAUAAUUGGCUUAACAAUUCUCACCCUUCAUAUCGAGAUUUCGAUGCUCUUUUAUUAGUUGGAGAUCCGAGGAUUGGUAAAACAAGACUAUUGGAAUGGAUGUCAAGAGAGGCUCAAAAAAGGGCCUACAAGACUUGCUUCCUUAGUUUGACGACAGUUCAUUCAGCAACGCCAUAUUUGGCACUAAGUCAAAUUAUUAAUCAAAUCUUGGGACUACAAGAACCAAUAACGGGUUUUACUAAAGAAGAAAAUAUAAUUAAGUUAUUAAAAGUAUACAGUGAGGAUUUAUGUUAUUUGAAUAAUAUAAUUAAAGUCCGCUUUGCAUAUCAUGAAGGAAUUGAUUUCCAAAAUGAACAGAAAAAAAAGGAGAAAGCCCAUAAAAUCUUUUUAAAACUUAUACAAUCGGUAAAUGAAAAUUACGUUAUAUUUUUAGAUGACUUACAAAAUUUAGAUGCUUCAUCUUGGGAGUUCAUUUGCACUAUGUUUAAUGGAUUAAAAAUAUUCAUAGUAAUGUCGGUGGUGCGUGGAAAAUUUGAUUCUAUAAGAGGAUGGCUGUAUAAUGUCUUUAUCAAUAAUAAUAUAAGGAAAAUUCUUUUGGGUCCAUUAUCAUCAGGUUUUAUCGCUCCACUUGCAUGUCAAAUUUUAGAUGUCGAUGCUGUACCUAGUGACUUGUGUAAUGCACUAAGAAUGAAAUGUAACGGAAUGCCUGGCAUGAUUGAAAACUUCAUUAUACAUUUAUUUUCAAGUGGGGCCUUAGAAAUACAGAAAAUUAAUGCAGAUGAUUUAAAAAAUUGGACGCAUGAAGAUUUACAGUUUCCAGAUGAAAAAUUCUUACACCCACAAGCUUUAAAUACGAAGGAUCAAUCCGCUCUUGACCAAUUAAUAAAUGAAGACGCUUCGGAAGAAAUUGCAAUUUGCAUAGUUAUUCAUAAAGAAGAACUAGAUGCUAUUAAAGAUAUCCAAAACAUCGAUGCCCUUGUAAUGAUUCAAAUAGAUUCACUUACACCAUAUCAGCAAUUGCUACUUAAAAUUGCAUCUGUCAUUGGUAACGUUUUAUCAAGAGAUCUUUUAGAAAAUAUAAUGUACGAAAAUGAUACUUUGAUGACAGCAAAAGCUAUAAAACGAUUAUUUGAUAUGAGAGUUUUAGCUUGUGCAAAUGUCCUUAGGCUGAGAGACACCAAUUUGGUAUGUGACUGUUAUUUUGAUGACGAUGAAGAAAGGAAUGAAAACCUCCCAAAAUAUGCUUUCUGUAAAGUAAUGAAAUUUCGUAACAAAAAUACUAGGAAAACAUGUUAUGAAUUACUACCAAUGAACCAAAAGAAAGAAUUUCAUUCAAGAAUUGUUCAACACUUAGAGAAUAACGAGCAUAAAUGUACUGAUUGUGGAGGAAAGUUAAUAGUAGUACGUUCAUCCAUGAACUUUCAAAGAGAAAGUAUUGAUAAUAAUUUGUACUGUACGACAUCGCAGAAUUCUUCUAGCAUAUCCAGUGAUGAUGAAAUUAAUGUAGAUAAUACAAAUUUACAACCUCUUACUACUUCGAGUCAAGAAAUUUUCAAAAUGACUCGAUCAGACUCACAUAAUGAAUGUAGAACUAUUCCUGAAUGUACUACUCGAAGUAUGAGUGAAACAGUACCUGGUAACAGUAUUCAAUCGAACAUCGACCGCUCACGCAUCACAUCUAUCUUAAAAAUGAGAAUGGAUGAUGAAAGCAUAAUAAGUAAUAAGACAAGAAAACGAGUUACUAUGUCAAACGUACACAAUCAAACACGAAAUACCAUAGAUUCGUCAAGAUCGAAUAUGAAAGUUUUUAAUUUCUUAAGACCCGUUGUAGAAGCCAGUACUUUCAGUGAUUGGCACGAUAUAGGUGUCAUAGAUAGUCAAGAUGACCUGGUACCGGAUAAGUCUAGUAAAAAACUAUUUAAAAUCAGGAUUGAGAAAAGGAUAUCAUCAACUAAUAUCACAAAAUGCACAUGUUCAGAACUCAAAAUAAUGAUUUAUGAGCAGUUAAUACAUCAUGCUAUUCAAGCUGAAAUGAAAUUAAAAGGGAUUGGAUUUAUAAUUACGUAUUGUUACUUAAAUCUUCUCAAUAAUAAUUAUGACGUUAUUUUACCUCAAUUAGAAACUGCAGAGUUAAUGUGUUGUGAAAAAAAGAACCAAGAAACCGAAAUAAAUAUAUUUGAAAAACGUAGGUGUUUAGGAAGAAUAUAUUCUAUACGGGCUGCCGUUCUUUUGAUGACUGAUAAAUUAGUAGCUGCUAGAAUAGAAAUUGAAAAAGCAACUCGCAUAUAUCACAUUAAUCUGCAUAAUGUGACGGAAUAUUUCAGACUACGAAGUAUCGUGUCAGCAAUAAAGAGGAAAAAUAAUCGUCAUAAUGAAAUGAUAAUGAAGUCAGACUCUGUAUUUUGUCUGAACGUUGCAACUCAAUUAUAUUCUUUGAUAGGAGAAGAUAAAAUCUCUAGAAUAUCUGCUUUCAGAGCCCUUGAAUUAAUACAAAACUUCGAUUGUAAAGUGAUCGACAUAUGUGAUGCUUUGACUAAUGCCUUUGAAGUGGAAAUUGAGAGGGAAGCUAUAGAAUCUAUGGCGGAAAUUGAAAGAUUAGCGCGUCAACUAUUAGAGCGGUUACCAAGGGCAAUCCAAAUAGAGGAAUUGUUUGCAGUGGGCAAACUUUUCGUUGCUAUUUUUCGUGAAAGAAUGAUAUGUGCGCAACUUGCCGCCGCCAUACGCGCUGGCUUUCGUACGAUAACAAUCAGUCGAUUCCUUCAAGCUGAUAGCGUUACUAUAGAUAUUAUACCAGAUUUAUUCUAUGUUCUUUUGGCCCGUCGUCGUAUAGAAGAAGCUAUAGACAUUCUUCAACUCAUUCUUCAAAUAAGUGAAUGUCAUUCAACACAUGACUGUGAAACUUGGUACUACGCGUUAUGCAUCGAUAUGAUAUUAGAUGCCGGCUUUCAAUUGGAAUCACCUUACGAAAUUAGUCGCUUCGCAGAAUAUGCGUUAGACAGAGGAAAAGCCGCUGGACCUAGCCGACGACGUUUAGUUGUUGGUCUAUGGACUUAUUGGUUGCGGUCAGACUUCGAAAGAAAAUCUAAACGAUACGAAUCGGAAGCAUUAAGUUGGGUUAACAACACCAAUGAUGAUGGAUCUUUAACUACCCUUAUAAGUGCUCUGCGACUGGCUGAUGGGAUGUUGGAAAGUCUCGCUAAAAAAGUAGAUGACUUAAGAAAGGUAAGUUAUGACUUUAACUUUAGAAUUUAUUGGGUUGGCACAAAAGUAAUGAGACACACUAGAAAAAUCUAUAACAUUUCCUUUUUAAAAUCAAUUUUUUCGAUAAUAUUCUAGAAUGUUGUAGAACAUUCUAGGUACUUCUGGUGUAGGGUAUAUAAAGCCGCGCUCGUGAUUUGUUUAGUCAGUUUGAAGAAAAAUGGACGAGCGACAAGUUCGAACACUAUACUUAUACGAGUACUUGUUAGGCCACAGUGCGCGGGCUGCGGCUGACAAUAUCAACAAUGCAUUAGGCGCUGGAAGUACAAGCCAUGCGACGGUGUCCCGAUGGUUUGACCGUUUUAAAUCAGGAGACAGCAGCCUUGAAAGUCAGCCACGCUCAGGGCGACCACCCGCAGUGAAUGAUGACGAUUUGCGCCGCGAACUGCAGUUGAAUCCGGAUGCUACCACUCGUGAAUUAGCGGAAGCACUUAAAUGCAGUCACCACGCCGUGGAACACCAUCUGCAUGAGCUUGGUUAUCGAAAAGUUUUGGCUCGGUGGGUACCGCACAUCCUUACAGACGCCAGUCGUGCAGUCCGUGUCGCUAUCUGUCAGUCACUUUUGCUGCGAACCCGACGUAAAGAGUUUUUGUCAGAUCUGGUUACUGGAGAUGAAUCAUGGAUUUAUUACGAGAACGAUACACGUCGUGCUUUUUGGCUGCCUCGAGAAGAAACGCCACCAACUCAACCGAAGCCGAGUCAAAAGAACCGCCGAAAAAAUCUGCUUUGCUGUUUCUGGGAUGCGCAAGGCAUACUGUUUUAUGACCUAUUACACAAUGAAACUAUAAACGCUGACAAAUAUUCUACCCAGCUUACCAAAUUAUCUGCCGCUAUCAAGAAAAAACGACGAAGACGAGUCAAUGUAGUUUUACUGCACGAUUACGCUCAACCUCACGUCGCAUCUGUGGUUCGCCGGCAGUUGGAGAACUUGGGCUGGGAGACGAUACCCCACCCACCUUAUUCCCCAGACGUCGCCCCAUCAGACUAUCAUUUGUUUAGAGCCCUGAAACAGCAUUUGCGGGAUAAACAAUUUAAUGAUUUCUCUGACGUAGAGGCGGAGUUGAACAACUUUUUCAGGCACAGCCAUCAGAGUUCUGGGCAAAAGGCAUCCAAACUUUGCCGGAUCGUUGGCAAGAAAUCUUAGAUACUAAUGGUAAUUACAUCAUUGACUAAAUUUUUUUUUAUUGUAAUAAUAAUAAAAAAGUAAAAACUUAAACCAAGUGUCUCAUUACUUUUGUGCCAACCCGAUAUUUAUUACACUACAACAAUUUUGUAGAAAAUUCUAUGCAGAGUAACUACCCUACAACACUUUUAAGAAAUUCUGGUUCUUUCUAG